AGUGAUCUCACCUCUUCUCCACCCCCCAAUAUCGCUGCCUUUUACGACCGAGCGCGCGAAGAGCUGACAACUAACGUUAUAUAGGUCAUUUUAAAGUGGGGUUCCGUGCUCAGGACCACUGAACGGCCAUGGAAGAACUUACGGCGUUCGUCUCGAAAUCUUUCGACCAGAAAACCAAGGAGAGCAGUAAGGAGAGUAUCACGUACAGGGAAGUUUUGGAGAGUGGCUUGGCGCGGGCGAGGGAGCUGGGGAACUCGGAGACAAGUCUACAGGACAUAACGGAAGGCAGCAACCACUGUCCGGUACAUCUAUUCAAGGAGCACGUAGAGCUUGAGAAAGAAAAACUCAAGGAGUUUAACGUUUCAAGGGCCACGGAAGGUACGUUUUUAUCCACCCGUUCGAGUUGUGUAGCGUGAAUGUCCUAGAUGCAUUGCAUUGCAUUCUUACACGAACCAAGCCCUUGGUUUUCACGAUUACUUUCGGUGCACCGAUUGUAAAAGUACAUCAAUAUGUGGUGGCCAAAACAUUUACAAGGUCAAAACUAUAAGGAAGACUUUUCAAUUAUUGCAGUAACUGUUUAGAUUUUUUCGUAAGCACACGUCGUUAUAAUGUGCAGAUUCUUCGAAACACUUUCUCUAUAAUAGGCCUACUGGCAUGUCGUUUGCAGUGAAAAGCAGUGGUCCAAACGAAUGUAGCCUAGAUAAUAUCAAUAUUCUCUCACUCCUGUCGACCAUUGUAUUUAUUAACAAAUCAUAUCGUUGAAUAAUAUCGUAUUGAUGGCGAUUAUAUGCAUAAUGAUAGGCCUAAUUCGAUGUUUCCACUGUACAAUUAAUAGGAGUGGUACUUGCAUCAGCAUGCAGUAGCUUAUACUUUAUAUUUUAAACUAUCGUUCAUUGGACCAUACAUUGUUAUUUGGACAGUGUUAACCUAUAUGAAGUUGUUCUUGCUCGCAUUUUCAUGACAUAACAGAAAUUAAAAAACGUUCAUACACAAAAUUAACCCGUGCACCUCGAAGUUGGAUGUAUGCUCUUGCACUGUAAUAUCAGUGUUAGGACGUUUACGUUGUUGUAUAGCACACAAUAGGUCCGUCUAAUGAUGAUGGAAAACAAUUGUUACAGACAAUGCACAAGGUGUUGAUAGUAAUAAUGACUUUAGCCCCGGCAAUAAUAUUUUGAUAAUCUUAAACAUAUUAUAUAUGCCUAUUUGAAAAUAACUGUAUUUUACGCAACACUUUAACCUUGUGAAAUAUUUUAUAGAUUCGAAGUUAAGCUAUUUAUUAGGUUUGUAAUGAUCAACUACCGUGGAAAUAGUUUGCUGUAUGAUAGGCUUAUUAUACCAACCAUUGAAAUAACCCGAUAAAUAACUUGUAUAUAGGCUUACUAUUUUAUAUAUAAAAGUUUUAUAAUGUACUGUAUUUGAUAAAACAAUUAACAAUAUAAAACACGUACCAUUUUCCAAAAUAAAAAUCACAUGAAUAAACUACAAUUGUUUGGUAUCACAGUGCUCAGUUUCAAAUUGUCCAGUGAAAAUUGUGGCGUUUUCAGGUGGUCAUUCCUUCCAAUGAAGGAUCCAUGUGCAGACUGUAGGCAAAUACCACUAAGGAAAUUAUAAGGCCUAAUAGUGACAUGAUUUUAUGGUCGAAGAUAUCAAUAUGUAUGUAUGUGAAUAAUUGUCAUUAUAGUAAACCCACGGUGCCAUAGCCUGCAUUUUGGUUUGUAAGUUUGCAGGCUUGUAUUUUGACCAAUAGAGAUCGAAGUUGUUAAUCAUGUUCUGUUUGCUGUCUCUGGCUGGCUACCAUAACACAUACUAUGGAUUCCACCAAAUUAAUAUAAGCUACACUAUAGACACGGACGUGUGUGUUUGUGUGUGUGUGUGUGUGUGUGUGUAUGUGUGUGUGUAAAGCCAAGCUGUAGUUGCAGGUGUGUAAGAGUUUUUUGUGUUUAAUCUAGAGAUGUACUGUCUUUUGAAAACGUUGUAUGUAUUCACGCAGGGAUAUAUGAGUGUAAAGAGAAGAAGGAGGACGUAAAGUCUGAGGAUGAGGACGCACAGAGCAAACUGAAGCAGCGGCGGAGCAGGACAAACUUUACCCUGGAACAGCUCAACGAGCUGGAGCGCCUGUUCGACGAGACGCACUACCCCGACGCCUUCAUGCGGGAAGAGCUGAGCCAGAGGCUGGGACUGUCAGAGGCGAGAGUACAGGUAACACCCGGAAGUGAAAAGCAUAACCCUAAAGCUUUUGGACAAAACCCUAGAUAGGCCUGUCCCUAAAUUGCAUACGUUUUUAUUUUAUUUUAUUUUAUUCAAAUGUGGGUCUAAAUAGGUUGAGCUUUUAAGCGCAAAGCAUCAAGGAUUGUUCUGAAAACAACGUGUGAGAGGUUGCUAGAUUGAGACGUCCAGUGACAGAGGCUGGGGUCAUAGUGUGUGACGCAGGAAGAUUACUGUAAUUCGUGAUGCGGAAUAAGAUGGACAAAAUGGAUGUAAGGCCUAAAUCAGUAAUGAUGUAUGUUCACAAAUGAAACACGUUUCAGAAGGCUAUAGAGCCAACACUUGCAAGGCAGUAGCCUACAAACCAUAUUGAUAAGGGUGCCGUUUAAAAACUACGUGGCUAUAAAAAAAAUGUUUUUAGAUAGCCUACAUUUACUAAAACAAUGUAUGUUGUCCUAUUGGCAAAGGGAAAUAUUUUGAAAUAAAUCAAAUUGUUAACCGGUCAGUUUUGGGGUAGAAUCGUCGUGGAACAGCGUCUUUUUUUUAUUUUAACACAAGUUUAAACACGUUUAGGUGCAAGCUUUGGCAUGUAUCUAUUAUAUUAUGUGCACGUGUAAAACAAUGAAAAUAUUCAGGAAUAAUUUAAAACAGUAACGUCAAAAUAAGAUGGCGCUGAGGCUUACGUUUUUAUAUAAUUUAUUCACCCGUUUGAUAAAACAUCAAUGGUUAUGUUUAAUUUUCAUGAGCUAUGUAGGCCUAAUAUUCUUUUGGUCCGACCUGCCUGUUGUCAAGGCUCAGUUAUACCGAGAUGUUACACACUCCAGAGAGUGUGAUGCAAUGAGACAAACAUAUCAUGCAAUAUUAGAUGCAACAAACUGUGCAGAUAUGACUGUGUCGACAUGGUUAAAAGCCACACGAGUUUAUUUAUUGGAUCGAUAUUAUACAUAUUGACCUCACGACCUCGGUGAGAUUUGUUUGACAAUAUUUCUAAAUUAACUUUAGGUAUUAAGUGCAAUAAUAGUGCAACAACAAUACUACUACUACUACUACUACUACUACUACUACUACUGCUACUGCUACUACUACUACUACUACUACUGCUAAUAAUAAUAAGUAAGCCUACUGGUUACUGUUCAUUUGUUGUUUAAAAAAAUUGCCAUAAAACACUAUCCAUUAUCAAAGAAAUGUAUAUCAUGAUAACAUUGGUCUAUUUUUUACAUGACCAAAAUACUGUUGCUUUUAAACAAAUAAAAUGACGCCUAUAGCCUUUGCCACAUCAUAGUUGCUCAAGUGGCAUUGGAUUAAUCUGAAUCCGUCUUCUUUCUCCUGGCAGAUUAUUGUAGAAGAAAAGUUGCUUAUGUGCUUCGGAAAGAUCUUACCACAUCAUUAAAAUUAAUGAAGAGAUUGUACGAGUGCUUCAGGGGACACCAUCGUAUGUCAGUCACCUCAUUUCCCCCCGCGUUGUCUUUGUAAUAUCUGCCAUUGGCUUGAUAUAUUGCUCCCAUAAAAAUGGAUUAGAAAUAAUUCAAUUCUGCUGGAACUCAGUCGGUGGGACACCUCGUGUUCCGAGAUCUAAUCGGAGGACUAAGUAGCCUAAUAUUAGAAGUCUACACCGUGUGACAGCUUGCAAGCGCGACAUAAAAAAAAGUAAUUUUAAACAUGGCCAAAAUCAAAUUGUGGUAUAACAGGGGGUUAGCAUUUACCUGUUAAAACGCAAUGGGAUAAAUAUUUACUCAAUAUUUACAACAAUAACACACACUAUCCACGCAUAUAGACUGAAAUGGGCCGUGAGGGUUAAAAUCACACACUAUUAAAAUCCAUGUCGCAGCCGACCGUUUUUCGAUUUGAAACCCCCAAAUCUAUCAAAAGUAAAUUGUAAGGCAUGUGGUAGAAAGAAGAGUAUUAACCUGCACUUAGGCGUCGGAACAGAAGCCCCACGUCGCGCGCAGCUGAGGAAUCUAAUUGAAAGUUAUGAGCGCUUGGUGAGCAGCGUGCAGUAAUUCGAUUACGACUAAUAUAUUUGGGUUUCUGGUACAGAGCUAAAUUAAAUGUCAUUAUUCACUGUCUCUAAUAAAAAUCUAAAGGAAACGAGAUUAGGGUGUUUGUAUAGCGCAUCAUUGAGUGGUCCUUAAUGAAGAAAUAACUGUCGCAACCAGUGUAGUUCACUUUGCUUAGCAUUCUGGCACGUAAUAUAUAUAGCUGUAAUAUAUAUAUAUAUAUAUAUAUAUAUAUAUAUAUAUAUAUAUGUUUUAUUUUAUUUUGUGUCAAUACAGACCUUUAAGAGACAAGAACAUAAUUGAUUAAAAAGUAAACUAAUUAAAUACACCUUAUGAUAUAACCUAAAUCAAUGAAAUAAUACAAUUAGCAGUAGCCUAUAAGAAUAAUGAUAUAGCCAUACAGGCUUAAUAAUAGGUAUAUCUCACUGGUCAUCCCCAAAGCCAACACCUCAUUUGGCAGCCAUUCCUUCCAGUUCUCUGCUGCAAAUGACUGGAACAAAUUGCAAAAAUCUCUGAAGCUGGAGACACUUAUCUCCCUCACUAACUUUAAGCAUCAGUUGUCAGAGCAGCUUACCGAUCACUGCACCUGUACACAAUCCAUCUUUAAUUAGCCCACCCAACUACCUCAUCCCCAUAUUGUUAUUUACAUUGUUAUUUAUUUUGCUCAUUUGCACCCCUGUAUCUCUAUUUGCACAUCAUCUUCUGCACAUCUAUCACUCCAGUGUUAAUACUAAAUUGUAAUUAUUUUGCACUAUGGCCUAUUUAUUGCCUUACCUCCAUAACUUACUACAUUUGCACACACUGUAUAUAGAUUUUCUAUUGUGUUAUUGACUGUACAUUUUGUUUAUUCCAUAUGUAACUCUGUGUUGUUGUUGUUUUUAUCGCACUGCUUUGCUUUAUAUUGGCCAGGUCGCAGUUGUAGAUGAGAACUUGUUCUCAACUGGCUUACCUGGUUAAAUAAAGGUGAAAAAAAUAAAUAAUAAUAAUAAUAAUAAUAACAAUACUACUAAUAAUAGGAAAGGCUAAUAAUAGGCCAAUAAUAGCCUAAUCCUAAAUUAUUCUCUUCUAAACACAACAUUAAACAAACAUUUGUUUCCAAUAGGCUAUGUGAUGAGGGAGAGUUGGGGCAUGCUAUGUCAAUAAUGCAUACUUUAUCGACAAACCUAUUAUUACAGUCCAAUCCACACGCGUUAAAAUGGCUGCAGCACCUUGAGUAAUUAAGGUGCCCUUUGUUGUUCUGUAGUCGCUAAUCUGGCUACUGUAAAUGAUAAUCAUUACUGGGGUCAGAGGGGAGAGGAGAUAAUGGAUUCGUGGAGGGAAAUUAGGUUGAUGAUAAUUAACAAUAGGCUAUGCUGUAGAUUAGUCGGAGUAAUAGUGACCUUUUUGGUACCGUUUUUUAAGCACAUAUGCCUACGUAAAUUAGAGUAGGACUAUCAACAAAUAUUGUUAGGCUAUACAUUUUGUGACGAUAUGUUGUAUAUUAUUUUAGACUAUUAUAGAUAAUAUAUUCGAUCUUAUAUUAUCUAUAAUAGUGUAGGCAAUUAUAUCAGUUGUAAUUCAUGAUUAAAACAGUAUAGGUUUAUAGGCUACUUUUAUGUGCAGUAAUGUCAUCAUCGACAUUCUCAGUGUUGGGGAGUGUUGGGGAGUGCAUUAACUGCAUUUUACGGUAGCUUGGUGGUAGUUUAACUAAAUUCAAAUCAAGAUAGUGUUUUCAGUAGUUAACUUUUUUGCCAUGUAGCAGUAUAACUAACUAGGCUACUAGAACUACACUACUUUUUUUGUUGUUGAAAAAAUACAAUUAAAUAUGGGUGAAGUAGGCAAUAAUUUCCUUUCUUUUUCGGCAUCAGACCUGCCUAAUUUCCACUUGAAACAUAAUGUUUGUGUUUAAUAGGCUACAUUACAAAUUCUGGUAACAUAUGACCCUAAAGUGAUCGGACCUUGCAAUUUGUAGUCUAUAACAUUUCAGAUUUACAUAUGAUGAUUUUCCCGAAGAAGUUUGGAUGUGGUGAACUACUUUUUCAAAGUAACUUUAGUUAAGUAAACUAUAUUUUUCUUAAGUGUAGCUUUAGUGUAGCUUAACUUCUUCCAGUAUAAAAUAUAUUUUCAGAGUAGCUUCCCCAACAUGGAUAUUCUACAAUGCCCUCAUUCACUGUUUACAUUUUGGUUUCAAGGUUUGGUUUCAAAACAGAAGAGCAAAAUGUCGAAAACAAGAAAACCAGAUGCAUAAAGGUAAAUUCUAUUUACUAUCCAUCUACUUGUAUUUUUUAUGAUUUAUGUUAUGAUGAUUAUUACACUUGUAAUUUUACACUUGCUAAAUUGUUUGCUAGUAUGUUAUAUCGCGCAUUUCUUACAAUAAUUAUGUAGGCCUAUGUUCCAGACUGUAAAGCUGAUCUACUAUCAUGUGCAUGUACUUUAUUAUGUUUGAUUAAUCACUUGCAAAAUGUACAAUGUCAUCUUGUAACCUUUGACCAACCAUAUCAGCCUUAUAAUCAAACUUAACUGUCUCACUGUCUGACAGACACCUCUUCAUACUUUCCAGGUGUCACUCUGGGCAUUGCCAGUCAUCUGGAUGCCUGCAGAGUAGCUCCAUAUGUCAACAUGGGAGCUCUACGGAUGCCUUUUCAACAGGUAUGUUGUUUUCUCUUUUUCAUGAAAUGAAUCCUACGUGAAACAUUUACUGAUGAAAUGCAGGCAUGCAAGUGAGUGAUUGUGCAUAAGCAAAAGUUAAUAUUCAAAAUCCAUUAACCUCUAAAAGUCUAAGCCAUUGGGGGGGGGGGGGGGGGGGGGGGGGUUCUAAUAUGGAAUUGUUUAAGAAGGUCAUUUUGAAUUUUAGGACCACUUUAGGUAUAUAAAAACAAAUAUUUGAUAAAAUAUUGAAUUUGAACUUUACUACUAUAGCCUUAGAAACACAUUGAAUAACACAUUCAUAAAUGGCAAAAAAGACAGUAAAAAAAUAAAUCAUAAGGAAUAAGGUUUGGAAGUGUCUGUCCUAUAUCUAGGAGAUAUAAGAAAACUCAGGAAAUAUUUGUGUUUUUUUGGACACAUAUUUAACCCCUUAUUUUUGUUGGCACAAAACUACCUCCAUCCUUCCAUUAAUUUGUAUGGGUUACCUUCAGACGAGUCCCGUGACACUUGUGGGGGUCGUAGAGCAAAACGGAGAAUACCAUCGUGUUCGUGAGAGUCUCCCCUUUCUGCUACAGACGUUUUCAGGAUGUGUCAUGGUCUGACAAACACCGCUGUAGCUCGGCCACCUAUCACCGCUGAUGCGGAUGGCCAACAUAGGCGGAUGUGGUGGAUUGAGACGCAGCCCAUGCAAAAACCAGAUAUCUCUAGCUUAAACUGACAGAUUUUGAUGGGGAUUUGGAUUAUUAUGUUACUUAGAUUGAAGCAUGGGUGCGUCAAUAGACUUUUAAGGAGCUUAACUGACAAAAAAGCUAUAGUUUCUAAAUGUGUUAGCAUGGUUGAAUGGUUUGAUGCAGUCAUAAAAAUGUACCCUACUUUUCCAGCUCUUUUAGUCUCUUAGAAGGUAUAGUUGAUAUUAAUCCCCAAAAUAUAAACAACCAUACUUCUCAAUCAUCUCUGAAUCUGAGAGAGAUAUUGGAGAGAGGUGCAUAUGCCCUUAUUAUGCUAAAAUUAGACACCUAUCGUCCGAGGUUGUAGUUUACAAAGGCUGUGGUGAUUGAGAACUCUAUGGAGCUGGAGGGCGGUGUGUGAGAGUCAACUCAACCCCGAAGCACCUUUCACCUUUGGGGUGCGUUAAGAGCGGAUGUGUGUGUGUGUGUGUGUGUGUUUGUGUUUGUUGGAGAGACAUUUGAUCUGGUGAGGUCUGUUUUUGCGGCCUGGCCGUUGGGUUGUCUGUUCACCCCUGUGAAAAGCUUGGGCCUAAUUAAGCCAACACUGCGGCAAUGCAAGCACAUAAAAGAGAUGAUGAAAGCAGCGACUGGAGAAGGCUCUGAUGGAUAUUGGUGGUGAGCUGCAUUGGCAGGGAGGGAGGCAUGAGGCCUGCAUACUGAGAGAAGAGCACUACCUCUACAGGCCUGAGACAGAAAGGCACUGGGCUGGCUGUAACACACUUAUGCAAGCACACAUGUACCCCUGCAUGUAUACACACGUACACAUGUUCACACAAAUGCACAGGCAUUCACACGUGCACACACACAGAUACACACACACACAAAUAUUGACCACCUGUUGUGCCGGGGACUGGGUAGCGCCUGUAGCAGCUCAUGCCCAGUUCCAUUUCACUGAUCCUUCCAGCAAACUUAACAACAACACGCUGAGAGAUUCCUUCUCAAAGAGGGGUUCCCUUCUGUGUUUCACUGACAGUCUGCAUUCAUACAUUUGGAACAAGGCUCUUUGUUUGAGUGUUAACUGUGCCUUAUGAAAGUCAGUAUCCAUGCAUCUGGAAUCAGGCCUAUUCUUUGAGUGUUUGGUAACAGUGACAGUUGGUGAGAAAGACAAUAUGGAGGAAGGCCUACUGGGCAUUUAUGCAUUGGCUUGUGUCUGUGGCUCGUGUCAAUGCAAUGCAGUGCAAGUACAAAAACUGGUCAGCAAUACGUAAUGAAAUACCGUCCAAGAAAGCAUAUUUUGCGGUUUAUUUUAAUUCUCUCUCGCAGUUAAACAACUUUAAUUUCAGUCAUUUUCCAUGUUAUUGGCUAUGUCGAAAUAGCGCCACAUUUUAAAUUGGUUGAAACAUUUAGCUCUAUCUUAAAACGUUUACCAUGCGUCGCUUAAAUGAAGUUUUAUUUGGGUUGGAUGAGAAAGCAUGAGGCUCUUCACUUAUGUCCGUGCUUCCUGUGGCAUUUGAAACGCAUGAGAAAUGGCAAGAGGCAACGUAGCUCUCCCUCUGAAGUACAGGGAUUUCUAAUUUUCACCUACUCCUCAUAAAAUAAUUGCCAAGAAUGUGCAAACGGAUACUCUAUGGUCCUUAUGACUUUGGCUUUCCCUUUGCUCAGGAAUAUGUCUGGAUAAAUAUUUAUAACUCUAAAUACGUUAAUAUUUUUUGGGUGAAUUUGUAUUUAUUUAUGCAAUUGAAUCCAUAAUCAGGAUAACAAGACGUUGCAUAUUUCCAAGGGUAUGAAGGAGUUCUCACUGUGAAUUAAACAAAUCUGUUCAGGGUCUUAGAAAGACUUUGAUUUCUAAGCUGUUAAACUGGACGUGGUGUCUGUGAAGUUAUGUAUGAUUCAUUAACUUUAAGAAUAGCUGACAUGAAAAAAGGGGAAAGGCUCAGAGUGCAGUUCCUAACUUUGUUCUUAGAAAACACACAGUAAGCAACAGCUUUGAGGGUAGAACUUGAAGAGGAAUUUAAUAGUGUCAAACAGUGAAACCUAAACCCUUGGCUCGCCUCUCACACAUGCACACACACACACACACACACACACACACACACACACACACACACAGCCUGAGGGGCUGGGAGGGACUCACUAACCUAGGGUUUGUUUUUGGUUGUCUGGCAGGUCCAGGCCCAGCUCCAGUUGGAGGGCGUGGCUCACUCCCACCAUCACCUGCACCCUCACCUGGCGGCGCAUGCGCCCUACCUGAUGUUCCCACCCCCACCCUUCGGACUACCAAUCGCCUCUCUCGCGGACUCAGCCUCUGCAGCGGCGGCCGUGGCGGCGGCUGCCAAGAGCAACAGCAAGAAUUCUAGCAUCGCUGACCUCCGACUCAAGGCAAGAAAACAUGCCGAGGCACUGGGUCUCUGACCCCACCGGGCUUCCCCUCUGCUCGCCCCACGCCCUCAUAAUCACCUGCUUCUCAUACAAGACUGAGCCCUGUGAUCGGGUCUGACACUUACAGCUUAAACAAAACAACAUUAAAAAAAAAAACACUGAGAGGGAGAAUGAAAGAAAGAGACAGAGAGAGAGAAAAAGAGGGACACAGAGGGAGAGGGAGAUGGGGAGAGGAUGAGUGGAGGAAGAAGAGGAGGAGAAAGAAGGAGGGGAGCAAGAAAAUUGUCACAAAACCAGCUGCCAAAACAACCAUUUGUAGAGAGAACGGUAAUUAAAUACCAAUGAAAUCACCUUUUACUUUUCGCCCAACAGGCAGGACUUCUGAGGGGCCAGUGGCUCAGUCCACUCCAGGCACACAUCACAAGUCCAGGACCGUACAAACACAUGUGGAUGUCUGUCUGAGCCGAGGGCCAGGGCCGGGCCAGGCCAGACCGGGAGACUUUAGAACAAAGCAAACUGGCAAAGCAGGCAAGCAGGGCCAAAUACUAGAGCCUCACUGAUGCCGAUGCCGUCACGUUGACUUUACAGACUAUUGUGUGUAUGGGAAAAGACACUGACACCACAAGGCAUCGGACCCACUCUAACCUUUACACUCAAAAAAGACAAAGAAAAAAAUAAAGAAAAAGAGAAAAGAAAUGGCCAUAUUCUCUGUGUAACCACUGUGUUUUUUCCCGCCGCUGCCCAGUGCAUGAGUUCUAUUGGAGGACUGCAGGCCUAUCAUGGAGCCUGGCCAUGUUAUAUCUGACCUAACACCCCAACUCUGUUGUAUCACUGCCAUUCAAACUGCCCACUAUAUAUACCCUCAUCCACAAAGUCAAAAGUCAUUGGGGUUUGAUUUCCUUUAAACUGUGGACUGACAGGAAGAGCCUAAUCGAAUCCCUUACUUUUCUGCUUUUGGAGGAUGGAGAGUGUACAUGUGUUUUGCUGGGAAUGUGUCCAAAAUACAUUUUUUUGCUUUUCUCCUCACAUUGUUCUCUCUCUCUUGCUUUCUUUCUUUCUGUUUAUCGUGCUGUUUCUUGGGAAUAGAAGUGAAGAUAUUCUUUGCACUUCAGGUCUUGUAUGUGGGCGUUUAUAAACAGCACUACAAGCAGAUACUACUUUACUAAAUGAGGGUGGGAAAAGGAACUGAUUUGGGUUUUAUCAUGUCAUCAAAAUGAGACGUUCACGAAACGUUUAGAAGGAUAAAGGGUAUAACUGCAAUUUUUUGUAAUUUUGAAAAUAUGAAGAAUCAUCAGUUAAACUGAAAUGCAAUUGUGCGCAGUUUAAGUGCAAUACUGUAAAUAUGAAGAAGAAAAAAGAGAGAAAAAAAGCAGUUAAUUGAUAGAGAUAAACAAACGAUUUUCAGUCAUUUGUUUCAGGCACUGAUAAAUCAGUGUGUUGAAUUUCUUCGCCAAACAGACCCGUUCUUUCUAAAGCAUUGUAUAUUAUGUUAUGUUGCGAACUCAUCCUCAAUCAUGUGUCAUAACCCCAGAAAUUCAAUGGUUUUCAAACAUAGUUUUGUACACAUCAGGAAACUAUAAUAACUUGUUGAGGUAGACAUGAGCAUCUGUGUUUGAUGCUGAAAUUAAUAACUGAUACUAGGAUCUGAAAUAAUUUAUCAUAAUCUAUUGUAUUGACAUGGGACAAAGCAUUAUGUCAAAUUCCACCAAAGAUUCUAACAAAUGUUACAAGUUAUGUUAUAGGAACAACAAAAGCAUGGCAGUGUUCUAGAGACGGGUUUAGUUUUUGUUAGGCCUGUACAUGUUAAACUUGCAUUUAUUUGCAUUUUCAUGUUUUAACUAUCAAAGUAAGUCAGAUUAUAUCUACAACCUAAAUAAAUAAUGCCUACCAGCAAGUAUAAUAUUUGGAACAUUUGCAAAUUCAAAGGGUAUUGCUUUGGAAAUGUUUUGUGUCAUUGAGAAACAGAUCUCAAUGUCAAUAAUGCCUCUGAGUCUGUAGAUCGUAGUAAGGUCUACCUCAAACAAUGUUUUACCAACACUUUCUCUGUUCUCAAACCACCAUUUACAGUUGUUAAGCAAUGUCUCCAUUUUAAAUUAAACAUAUGGGUGCUUUUAUUUAUUAUUUUUGUCUGAAAGUUUAUACAAUUAUAAAAUAGUUGAAAUACAAGUGUACAUUUUCACAUGGCUUUGCAUUUAUUUUUAUAUGUUUUUUAAAUGUUACAUUUGCAAUGGGAGAUGUGUGGCUGUUGUGCAUUGUUCGCCUAAAAUGUAGCGUGUCAGCGUUUACAAACAUUUCAGGGAUGGUUGAAUUUGAUUAAGCUCUAUGGAAUUUGUUGUACCCACCACAAGUAUUAUAAUUUCAUAUGCAAGCAUGCCUAAACAUGAUUCACUAUACAGUUUGUAUUUUUUUCCUUUUGAUUCACAAAAUAUGAAUGUACAAGUAAACUAUCAAUAAAG